GGACCUUGCCUGUUAGGGAUACAAAGGGUUAUAAUCUGAGUGAGCUGCUUUGUUCAAUAUUAUUCUCAUCUUUCCAUGCAGAAUGUGCAUCCUUGUCAAGUAUACCUCCAGGAAAAUGGUACUGCACAUAUUGCCAAAACAUGUUUCAAAGGGAGAGAUUCGUAGAGCAUAAUGCUAAUGCAGUCGCAGCCGGUAGGGUGUCAGGUGUAGAUCCGAUCAAGCAGAUAACGAAUCGUUGCAUUCGUAUUGUCAAGAACCCUGGAGAAUUGGAAGUUAUUACAUGUGUAAUCUGCCGAGGCUAUGAUUAUAGCAAAUCUGGUUUUGGUCCGCACACGGUUAUAUUGUGUGAUCAGUGUGAGAAAGAAUAUCACGUGGGCUGUCUGAAAAAAUGCAAGAUGGCAGAUCUAAAGGAACUUCCCAAAGGAAAAUGGUUCUGUUCUGUGGAUUGCAAGAGGAUCUAUGCUGCAUUGCAAAAUUUGGUGAGUUCUGGGGCUGCAGAAAAGCUCUCGGACUCUUCUUUGGGUGAUCUAAGGAAGAAGCACAAGGAAAAUGGCUUGGAUUCUGAUACUAAUCUUGAUGUGAGUUGGAGACUUUUGAAUGCAAAAGUUUCUUCUCGUGAAACCCGAGUGUUACUCUCACAGGCUGUAGCUAUAUUUCACGAAUGUUUUGAUCCUAUUGUUGAUACAGAAACUGGACGAGACUUCAUUCCAUCUAUGGUUUAUGGAAGGAAUGUUAGGGGCCAAGACUUUAGUGGAAUGUACUGUGCUAUAUUGACGGUGAACUCAUCAGUUGUAUCAGCAGGGAUCAUUCGGAUUUUCGGACAAGACAUAGCAGAACUCCCGUUAGCUGCUACUCGUAUGAGUAAUCAACGCAAGGUUGGUUCAUAUGCUGUUCAGAAUACAGAAUUUCAUUGACCCUAGUUAAUUUUA